AUGGCCACAAACGCGAGUACAGGCUCCGCUUCUGCGCACACCGAGCUCCCCAGCUUGGCGCCUACCUUCGGUGCUUUGCUGAUAGGUAGUUGCAUCUCGGUCGUCUUGUACGGCUGGUCUCUCCAUCAAGGAUUUGAGUACGCCCGCACCAACCAUGGCGACUCGGCGAAGUUGAGAGUGCUGGUCUACUCAAUCUUAAUCGCUAGCACUGCCCAAACCGCUUUGAUGGUGCAUGCGCUGUACUACUACCUCAUAACGCAUUAUGCCCAGCCCCAAGCACUCAGCGAAGCCAUCUGGUCACUCAACUUGACGCCCAUGUUCGCGGCUUUGAUCACUGUCGGGUCACAAAGCUUCUUCAUAGUCCGUGUGUCAUUGAUCAGCUACAAGUACGCCGUGGCGGGUGUCACUGCGGCGCUGUUGAUUCUCGCCAAACUUGCUUGCGGAUUGGCGUUCGCCGCGAAAGGAUUUAUUACGGGAUCAACGUCGUUUUUCUUGCACAACGUCCUCCUUUUCCAGCUCGCGCUGGGCUUCGCAACGCUGGCCAACAUCAUCCUCUCCGGGUCGCUUCUCACCGUGCUACUUCGGGGACGGCCGGGUGCGUCCCGCUCAGAUUCCAGCAUCGAAGAGUCCAUCGGAUCACAGUGGAUCGUCGUAUGGCUUUUGAAUCCUGGUAUCUUCAUCCUCGCCUGUGACGCCCUGGCGUUGAUCUUGGUAUGCCGGUCUACGCGGUGCGACGGUGUCACACAUACUGACAGGCUGUCCAUCGCAGUCACUCGCCGCCCCAGUACGCUCUACUGGUUGAUGUUCUACAUGAUCACUUCACCAUUGGACGUCAUCACCCUCCUGAGCGUGCUGAACACGCGAAAGAUCUCCGCAACGCGCGCCAUGUUCUUCCUCGACCCCGGAGGGUUCAACCGGAACGCGAUCGCGCGCGCGGACCGCCAGGCGCAGCUGGAGCGCUACAACGUCCCCCAGCUUCCGGAGGAGCUCCACACGCCCGCGAUGAUCGACGUCAAGGUCGACACCGAGGUCGAGCGCGCGCUCUCCGAGACGCUGGGCGUCGAGCUCCCGCGCUCGAUGAAGCGCAAGUACAACAACGCCUUGCGCCCUUCGCCGGUGUAG